AUGGCGGAGUAUGGGCCACGGUACUUUGAGCUCAAUACGGGGACGAUGAUGCCGUCGGUUGGGUUUGGAACGUGGAGAGCUCCGCCCGACGUGAUCGGAGAUGCCGUCGUCGCCGCUGUCACGGCUGGCUAUAGGCAUAUUGACUGUGCAAGUGCAUAUGGAAACGAAAAUGAGGUCGGGGAUGCCUUGCAGCGGUUAUUUUCCACUGGAACGGUUAAACGCUGUGAUCUCUGGAUAACUUCCAAACUCUGGUGCAGUGAUCACUCACCAUGUGAUGUGCCAAAGGCACUAAGCAAAACGCUGCAGGAUUUGAAACUGGACUACAUUGACCUGUAUUUGGUGCACUGGCCAAUUCGGACUAAGCCUGGUUCUCAUCGGUUCGAAGAGGGUGCCAUCCUUCCCCUUUGCUUACCUGAGACAUGGAAUGCCAUGGAGGGCCUCUAUGCAUCUGGGCAGGCAAGAGCUAUAGGGGUGUGCAACUUCUCCACCAAGAAGUUGCAGGGCCUUUUAUCCUUUGCUAAAGUGCCACCGGCCGUCAACCAAGUUGAGUGCCACCCUGUGUGGCAACAGACACAGCUUGGGAACUUCUGCCAGUCCACAGGCGUCCAUCUCUCGGCAUUCUCGCCGUUGGGUUCGCCGGGUUCAUGGAUAAAGGGCGAGGUCCUAAAGGAGCCAGUUUUGAUACAAAUUGCUGAAGAGCUACACAAGUCACCGGCGCAAGUUGCACUGAGAUGGGGCAUUCAGAGUGGUCACAGUGUCCUUCCAAAGAGCACAAACGAGUCGCGGAUCAAAGAGAACAUUGAUCUUUUCAGUUGGUGCAUCCCUCCAGAUGCGUUUUCCAGGUUCACUAGAAUCCAACAGACGAGGCUGCUUCGAGGGGACUUUGCUGUUCAUUCAAAUGGACCUUACAAAAGCCUGGAGGAGCUGUGGGAUGGUGAAAUAUAA